AUGGAGAUGCAAAUAUGGUCCACAGGGUGGAAAACGAAAAGGUGGCUUUUGAACCCCACUCUAACCACUGUCAUCACGCUCACUUUCCUUCUGCAAGCCGUCAGUGUCCAAGCAGGUAAGGAUAUGUCGUUGGAGAACGCGUUUCUUUGAACCGUUCACCUCGCAAACUCUCCCUGGUGUUUCUUGGGGACAUGCAGGGGCAUCCUUUCGCCUCAGGGGUUGGCUUAUCAAGUGAUGACAUAGGUCUAUAGGCCAGUGCCACACUCACUGCGCUGUGCUGCUGAGGUUGACAGCAAACUGAAAGAAAAAUGGAGCCAACUAAUGUCAUGCCAGUGUCUAAAAUGCAUGACUUAAGUGUCACCACAUGUGAAUCCAUGAUCAAAUAUAAGAAUGUUCCAAAUAUGGCCAGUGCCACCCUUUUUUAUAAUGUGUGUGUGUGUAAAUUGCGAUGUGAAAUCCUCUCGUUAGCCUACAUUCCAGCCAGUGAUGCUACGGCCCUUCAGCGGUAAACACCAGCGAUAUUCAUACAGGUGCGCUCGAACGGCCUCCCAGAUGAUAUCGCUCCGCUCCCAUCGUGAUACCCCAAAAUAGCGGCUCGUACGUGGCAUUCUGUUGUUGCGGCAUUACCAAUCUAACUGCGCCCAGGACGCUCUCGUGCGAAUGUGUUAAAUGGUUUAGGCAGACAAAUAGUCUUUGUGUGUCCCCGUGGUCCGCUGUAUGUGGACACAGCUAUCGAGAGAGGGAUUCCAUAGGGUUGAGGUAGCAAUCUCACACCUUGGCUAUAGAAUCCUCUAGCCAUUGCAUAGCUACAGGUUUUUUGCGUUGUUUUGAUAGGUAAGGUCAGAGUAUUGAUAAGACUAUCCCCACCUUUCCAAUGGAACCGCGUAAUACGGACGGCCACGACUUUUUACGCAUGAGUGUGUAGAGUUUGGCAGACGGCACAGCAGCCGUAGGCGCUCGGUGGUUUAAAACUGAGACAGAUUUGUUAUAACUUUCCACACAUUAAUUAUUAACUGGAACUAUAUGCUGGUUUUGAAACGUAUCAAUUGAUUUGACCUAUUUUAUCUUGCCAAAAAAUAUUUGUAUACAUUUUAACGCCAUACUCUUCCAAAGUCUCUGUCAAUAAUAUGCUAUACCACCGUGACAUCCUCGAUGUGCAUUUAGCAUUCUGUAUCAAUUCACUCAAUUUGACAAUUUUUUAAGGUAUUUUCCUAUAUGGUUUCAGGAUAUUUUAAAGUGAUUCAUAGGCUGUUCACACAAACGGUAUGAGGCACUGUUGUUCCACAAGAUAAUAUGCUGCUGCUUAUAGGCAGUACUGUCGUCUAUGGGGCGAUGCUCUCUCUAUAAUAUAUUGUAGGAGUGAAAUACAUAUAGAGGCCAGAAGUAGAAAACACAGUUUCUCCACUACACCCUGGUUACCACUAAGCCCAAUAAGUCUCCACUCCACCCUGGUUACCACUAAGCCCAAUAAGUCUCCACUCCACCCUGGUUACCACUAAGCCCAAUAAGACUCCACUCCACCCUGGUUACCACUAAGCCCAAUAAGUCUCCACUCCACCCUGGUUACCACUAAGCCCAAUAAGUCUCCACUCCACCCUGGUUACCACUAAGCCCAAUAAGUCUCCACUCCACCCUGGUUACCACUAAGCCCAUAAGUCUCCACUCCACCCUGGUUACCACUAAGCCCAAUAAGUCUCCACUCCACCCUGGUUACCACUAAGCCCAAUAAGUCUCCACUCCACCCUGGUUACCACUAAGCCCAAUAAGUCUCCACUCCACCCUGGUUACCACUAAGCCCAAUAAGUCUCCACUCCACCCUGGUUACCACUAAGCCCAAUAAGUAUCCACUCCACCCUGGUUACCACUAAGCCCAAUAUGUCUCCACUCUACCCUGGUUACCACUAAGCCCAAUAAGUCUCCACUCCACCCUGGUUGCCACUAAGCCCAAUAAGUCUCCACUCCACCCUGGUUACCACUAAGCCCAAUAAGUCUCCACUCCACCCUGGUUACCACUAAGCCCAGUAAGUCUCCACUCCACCCUGGUUACCACUAAGCCCAAUAAGUAUCCACUCCACCCUGGUUACCACUAAGCCCAAUAAGUCUCCACUCCACCCUGGUUACCACUAAGCCCAAUAAGUCUCCACUCCACCCUGGUUACCACUAAGCCCAAUAAGUCUCCACUCCACCCUGGUUGCCACUAAGCCCAAUAAGUCUCCACUCCACCCUGGUUGCCACUAAGCCCAAUAAGUCUCCACUCCACCCUGGUUACCACUAAGCCCAAUAAGUCUCCACUCCACCCUGGUUACCACUAAGCCCAAUAAGUCUCCACUCCACCCUGGUUGCCACUAAGCCCAAUAAGUCUCCACUCCACCCUGGUUACCACUAAGCCCAAUAAGUAUCCACUCCACCCUGGUUACCACUAAGCCCAAUAAGUCUCCACUCCACCCUGGUUACCACUAAGCCCAAUAAGUCUCCACUCCACCCUGAUUACCACUAAGCCCAAUAUGUCUCCACUCUACCCUGGUUACCACUAAGCCCAAUAAGUCUCCACUCCACCCUGGUUGCCACUAAGCCCAAUAAGUCUCCACUCCACCCUGGUUACCACUAAGCCCAAUAAGUCUCCACUCCACCCUGGUUACCACUAAGCCCAGUAAGUCUCCACUCCACCCUGGUUACCACUAAGCCCAAUAAGUCUCCACUCCACCCUGGUUACCACUAAGCCCAAUAAGUAUCCACUCCACCCUGGUUACCACUAAGCCCAAUAAGUCUCCACUCCACCCUGGUUACCACUAAGCCCAAUAAGUCUCCACUCCACCCUGGUUACCACUAAGCCCAAUAAGUCUCCACUCCACCCUGGUUACCACUAAGCCCAAUAAGUAUCCACUCCACCCUGGUUACCACUAAGCCCAAUAAGUCUCCACUCCACCCUGGUUACCACUAAGCCCAAUAAGUCUCCACUCCACCCUGGUUACCACUAAGCCCAAUAAGUCUCCACUCCACCCUGGUUACCACUAAGCCCAAUAAGUCUCCACUCCACCCUGGUUACCACUAAGCCCAAUAAGGGGUGUUGAUGGAAAUAGUUAUCUAAUCUGUGUCUAACUCCCUCUUCAACCCCCUUUAAACUAGCCUACAGUAUAUCUGGAUCAGGAUGAUUGCUUAUUUCCCUUGAUUGUGGAUAUUAUGAAAUUAAUAUUGGUUAGUCUCUGCUGUUAUGUAUGUGUUGAUUCUGUUUAGUUUACUUUGAUAUUGUGAGCUAAGGCAGCAAGUCAACACCAAUAGCAGAACCAUGCCUAUAUGAUUGGAAUGUAUUCUAAGCACAUCAAAUCUACCCAGAGGUUUUGGGAAGGGGUGCCAUGAAUCUAUGGGUCUAUCAUUGUGUCUACAGGCGUUUUAACUUACCAUUUGUUUGCCUUUGCUGAUUCGAUGCCCACACAUAUCACAGUAGCCCAGGUUGAAUUACAUCACCUAAUCAAGAUAUUGAUUGACUACAGAACAUUUGCGUCACUUACGUUUACGUCAUUCAGCAGACGCUCUUAUCCAGAGCGACUUGCAGAACCCAAACAGUACCUUACAUUUACAGUCUAGCUGUUAUUUCUAAAGAGGUUCCGUCCAUGUAAGGUUCCAUCUUGGGUGAAAUGGGGCGUCUGUCUGUGAUGUCAGCUGAUAUCUACGAUUUGGUGACCACAACUUCCUCUAGCCAGGAUGAUAUGCCUUCUGUCUGGACAGUUCCUGUGGUUGGAAUGUCCUGUGCACCCAACCCUCCCCCCCCAAACUCCGCCCUUCUCUUUCCACCCCUCACCCUCCCUUUGAAUACAUUGUAGAUGACUAACAAUUUUAUCAUUUGGAGACAUUAUUCCAGAUAGCCUGUUGAACUAGAUACCCAUCCAUAAUGGAAUACCACGCUACCACACGGGCAUGGCUUGCCCCUCAUCGCCCAUCUAUCCUCCUCCUCCUCCUCCUCCUCCUCCUCCUCCUCCUCCUCCUCCUCCUCCUCCUCCUCUUCCUCCUCCUCCUCUUCCUCCUCCUCCUCCUCCUCCUCCUCCUCCUCUUCUUCCUCCUCCUCCUCCUCCUAUGUGUGUGAUGUUUAAACAGCCAGAAUUGCAUAAUGUGACUAGCAAACAUUUACAGGCUUUCCAGGACACUGUAAUUGCUAUUUAUGCUGCCAACUCUGGAUAGAUGGUGGUGACAAGAAACAGCACAGAGAGAUUAUAGCCUACUUCUCAUGAUGUUAGUUACACCAACCCAAAGAGCCCCAAAGCCACAGAGCCUAAAGGCAAAGUUAAUCGCCAAAGGCAAGCAAAAUUUGAGUAUCACUCUUUGGUAGGAAAGCAUAGUGGAAAGAGUCUGGAAAGAGAUACUUCCAGAUUGUGAUUUCAUUAAUUUAGUCUCAACCUGAAGGGGAUACUUUUCCUUUACGGCUUUAUCCAAAAUAGGCAUUUGAACACUGAAAGUGUUAACAAUCAUAGCAGUCCAACACUGAAAGUGUGACAAGAACCAACCCAAGACUGUUCUGUUUAAGGUUAUAGUUUGAGAACUGUAUUGCUGCUGUGGUAAACGGCUUGUCUCAAAUGUCUCUACCAGAUGUAUCGCGUGUCCGCACGUGCUCCGUUUGGUUUCUUCAGCCUGGAGAGAAAUGUGCUUCUCAGCUCUCCCUUAGCAGUGUCUCAGGCCUGUUAACAUGACACACAGUGGAUCUGCAUCCCAAAUGGCACCCUAUGCCCUACAUACAGUAGUGCACUAUGUAGGGAAUAGUGGUGCCAUUUGGCUCUGGUCAAAAGUAGUGCACUGUGUAGGGAAUAGGGGUGCCAUUUGGCUCUGGUCAAAAGUAGUGCACUGUGUAGGGAAUAGGGGUGCCAUUUGGCUCUGGUCUAAAGUAGUGCACUAUGUAGGGAAUAGGGGUGCCAUUUGGCUCUGGUCAAAAGUAGUGCACUAUGUAGGGAAUAGGGGUGCCAUUUGGCUCUGGUCAAAAGUAGUGCACUGUGUAGGGAAUAGGGGUGCCAUUUGGCUCUGGUCAAAAGUAGUGCACUAUGUAGGGAAUAGGGGUGCCAUUUGGCUCUGGUCAAAAGUAGUGCACUAUGUAGGGAAUAGGGUGCCAUUUGGCUCUGGUCAAAAGUAGUGCACUAUGUAGGGAAUAGGGUGCCAUUUGGGAAGCAGACAGAAAGUAUAUCACAGCUCCCUGACAGCAGACAGGCGGCAGAGGACUGUCAGGUAUAUCACAGGUCCCUGACAGCAGACAGGCAGCAGAGGACUGUCAGGUAUAUCACAGCUCCCUGACAGCAGACAGGCGGCAGAGGACUGUCAGGUAUAUCACAGCUCCCUGACAGCAGACAGGCAGCAGAGGACUGUCAGGUAUAUCACAGCUCCCUGACAGCAGACAGGCAGCAGAGGACUGUCAGGUAUAUCACAGCUCCCUGACAGCAGACAGGCGGCAGAGGACUGUCAGGUAUAUCACAGCUCCCUGACAGCAGACAGGCGGCAGAGGACUGUCAGGUAUAUCACAGCUCCCUGACAGCAGACAGGCGGCAGAGGACUGUCAGGUAUAUCACAGCUCCCUGACAGCAGACAGGCGGCAGAGGACUGUCAGGUAUAUCACAGCUCCCUGACAGCAGACAGGCAGCAGAGGACUGUCAGGUAUAUCACAGCUCCCUGACAGCAGACAGGCAGCAGAGGACUGUCAGGUAUAUCACAGGUCCCUGACAGCAGACAGGCGGCAGAGGACUGUCAGGUAUAUCACAGCUCCCUGACAGCAGACAGGCGGCAGAGGACUGUCAGGUAUAUCACAGCUCCCUGACAGCAGACAGGCGGCAGAGGACUGUCAGGUAUAUCACAGCUCCCUGACAGCAGACAGGCGGCAGAGGACUGUCAGGUAUAUCACAGCUCCCUGACAGCAGACAGGCAGCAGAGGACUGUCAGGUAUAUCACAGCUCCCUGACAGCAGACAGGCGGCAGAGGACUGUCAGGUAUAUCACAGGUCCCUGACAGCAGACAGGCGGCAGAGGACUGUCAGGUAUAUCACAGCUCCCUGACAGCAGACAGGCGGCAGAGGACUGUCAGGUAUAUCACAGCUCCCUGACAGCAGACAGGCAGCAGAGGACUGUCAGGUAUAUCACAGGUCCCUGACAGCAGACAGGCGGCAGAGGACUGUCAGGUAUAUCACAGCUCCCUGACAGCAGACAGGCAGCAGAGGACUGUCAGGUAUAUCACAGCUCCCUGACAGCAGACAGGCAGCAGAGGACUGUCAGGUAUAUCACAGCUCCCUGACAGCAGACAGGCGGCAGAGGACUGUCAGGUAUAUCACAGCUCCCUGACAGCAGACAGGCAGCAGAGGACUGUCAGGUAUAUCACAGCUCCCUGACAGCAGACAGGCGGCAGAGGACUGUCAGGUAUAUCACAGCUCCCUGACAGCAGACAGGCAGCAGAGGACUGUCAGGUAUAUCACAGCUCCCUGACAGCAGACAGGCAGCAGAGGACUGUCAGGUAUAUCACAGCUCCCUGACAGCAGACAGGCGGCAGAGGACUGUCAGGUAUAUCACAGCUCCCUGACAGCAGACAGGCGGCAGAGGACUGUCAGGUAUAUCACAGCUCCCUGACAGCAGACAGGCAGCAGAGGACUGUCAUUAAUAUGUGAAGAGGAUUGUUAGUUUACUUCUAAGACAUCCAGUUUAGAUAGACAACAUGCCGAUGAGUGACUGGGACUUGUACUAUUUAACUGUAGUCAAAUACCUUUUCCUUCUAUGGGGGUUUCUGCCACUUAUCAUUAUAUAGAAUAUGGUUUAUACUCAGCAUAGGGGAGCGGAAGGAUAGAUGGCUGUAUCCAAGUUGUCUCAAACUAGUCACACAUAGCACUCUGCCUCCCUCCUCUGAAGGAUGCGCUGCUUUUUUGAAGCUGUAGAAUGUUUAUGUAGUGCUGCUAAAGGAUUUUGGGAUAUUGCAUGUUUUUUUUUUUUUGCGCUUCUGUGAGGAGGUGGUUUGGAUGGAAAGGGGGGAGGGAUGGAGGGAGGGAUAGAGGGAGGGAUGGAGGGAAGAGGGGAGAAGAGGGGGGCGAGCCCUGGCCAAUUCAACACAUCUGGAAUAUAUGAGCCCUGGAGGUAUGCAGUAAUGCAGAAAGGCAUUCUCCAGCUCACAAAGAGGCCUUUGGUUCAGCAUGAUUCUCUUUUUUUUCAGAACCAGUAGCUCAGCACUCGGGACAAUAUACAGACGAGCUGGAGACUUUUUUAGGUUUUAUGGGGCAUUUUCUAGAGGGGAGAGAUUUUUUUAAACUUCUCGUGAAGUUAUCUCAUAACUUGACUUUUAUUAGUUCUGUUUGGGUUAAAGUACAGUGAGUACUGCGGGACUCUUAUUGGGGUCCUCAGAGAGAAAUUAAGCUGAACUGUCCAGUCAUUCCUUUAUGUCAAAAUUCCAUUAAACUCUACACAAAGGCAGUAAUAAAGCUACGGGAAUGGAAUGUAAAGUGAGACUGAGGGCUCUAUUUUCGGCUGGUGCUAAGGAGGUGCAAGUGUCAAACGCACGUUAGUUUUCAAUUUCGUCAUGUAAAAAAUUGGCGCACUUGCAUUUUUCCAGCCCUAACGCCAGGUUCGGCAAUUGACCUGUCUAACACCAGCUUGCUUGGGCUGAGGCGGGAGGGGUGGAAAUAUUUGAUGUGUGUCCUUAAAGGAAAGAUUAACCCAUUUUGAAUGUUACAUAGUUUUUUUUUUUGUGCAUCUCUGUGCGAUGUUCUAUCAAUUUCCGGGGUCAUUUCAUAUUUUCAUGUGUAUCCAAGCUACUGCCGUUCAAGCAGUCAAAAAAUGUGGCCGGUACGACGUAGCGUUGCGAUAAAGCCGCUCUCACUACACUGGAAGUUAAUAAGAAUAUGACUUUUAGAUGGCAAAAACCUAGAGAAAUGUAUAAUUUAACAGAGGGUCCACCACAUUUUCCCUUUAAAAACAAGCGCAAAAGUGACAAUUUCAUGCAGCGCUAAUGGGACGUUUUCAGACCCACAAAAGCAGGUCUUAACAGUUGAUAAUGGCGUGUAUUUUGAGAGUAGAAGCGCAGCCUAUCCAGCCAUGACGCACAGUGGAAGGAGAGAUGUGAUUUUUGUGCCAUCAAAUAUCUUUUUUUUAUUUAUUUUUUUUCCGUUUAAUUUGAUUAAAAACCAAGCACAGCCUCCCCUCCCCUUAAUCAAGGCUGGUUUAGCAGCAUCGUAUAGGUGCGUAUUUUUUAUCCUGGCCGUUAGCCAAAAGUAGCCUUUGAGUAAAGGGAUUUUAAAUGGUAUACUUAAGAGUGCUUGGAAAUAUUUUGGAGGUUUUUGCCCUCGCACAUAGGCAACAAAAACAAUUGACAGGAGCCUAGUAUUUUGUAUAGACGUGCAAACGUUAUGCAUAAAGACAUUUAGUCAUAUGUGUGCACACAGUGCCAUGGAACGAGAUGAAUAGAUUUAUGAUAUCAUGCUUUUAAGUUUUGGAUGUGCGCGGAUAUCCCAUCAGGUAGCCUGAUUUCAGAUGUGUCACGUAAUCAAGAUUAUUAGGGAAAUCGUUCUUCUUGCACAGCGUGUAAAAGUUGAAAUGUAAACAUAUGAUAUAAAUCUGACUAUCCACAGUGAUCGUAUUGUUGUAUGCUUAGUCAGUGUAGGGCCGUGGUCCUGUCGGACACCGGGAUCGUCUCGUAACACCAGCCACACACACUACACGAUAAAGGCAACACAUUUCUGACGCUGCCAGAAGUGUGGAUGUGUGUAAAACUCUCCAUAGUCUAAGUUGCCCGUGUCUGUAUUAUUAUGGUACCUGUGGCUAUAUUUAGAUAUAGCCUAUUUAAAACAUGAUGUUGUUUCAUUUUCAUUCGAAUUUGAUUAGAAUUAUACACUGUCUUUUUAUGCCUUAUCAAUAGCCUAGUGAAUUUAAUCUUGCUUAUUGACUAUGUCUGGCAUGUCCAUCUCCAGACUACAAUUUACACUAGGCCUAGCCCCUAUAUCAGUGUGAAUGCUAUAGCCUAUGUUUAACAAAUGUAUAUCCAUAUUGAAGCAAUGCAACAACGCAAUUAGAACAAUGUGGACUGCAAACAUGUUCAACAUAUUUAGCAAAUAUGGAGCUGGCUAUUUAAUGAACUAAGACUAUAACAGACUAACAUUAGAAUUGGAGUUGAUGACAACUCAAUACAUAAUGGACUGUAAGCAUGUAGCACGUUCUGAUUGGCCAGUGAGGGGCCAAGCCUCGACACACCCAAAAAUGGUUUAUUCGUCGAAGCCCAGCACUUCCACGCCACUGCCAGCUACUGCACCCAUAAUACCGGUUGUGAAAAUAGCAAAAUUACAGUAUUUCUGACACCCCCAUUAAUCUAUAACUCUACCGCCAGCACUGAGAUUUACCAUUGAAUUAGGUUUGUUAAAACAGAGCCCUGACUGUCCAUAAUGUUGUCUUGAGACCAUUUCUUUAGACCUUGGUUCCUCUUUUACAUUACAAAAUAAGAGUACCAUUUCCUAAACAAAGAUGAGUUAGAUCAAGCACCCAGAAGAGUGGUUUCUGGUAAUGUGUGAGCUGAGAGGACGUUAUUAGUUCUGCUAAUGUGUGAGCUGAGAUGAUGUUAUUAGUUCUGGUAAUGUGUGAGCUGAAAGGAUGUUAUUAGUUCAGGUAAUGUGUGAGCUGAGAUGAUGUUAUUAGUUCUGGUAAUGUGUGAGCUGAAAGGAUGUUAUUAGUUCAGGUAAUGUGUGAGCUGAGAGGACGUUAUUAGUUCAGGUAAUGUGUGAGCUGAGAGGACGUUAUUAGCUCAUUAUGUCUUAUAAUAAAGAAGGGGAGAGUGUUAUGUGUGUGUGUGAGAGAGAGAGAGAGAGAGAGAGAGCGAGAGAGAGCGAGAGAGAGCGAGAGAGAGCGAGAGAGAGAGAGAGAGAGAGAUAGAGAGAGAAAUAGAAAGAGAGACAGACAUAGAGAGGGAGAGAGAGAGACAGAGUAGAUAGAGAGAGAUAGAAGAGAGAGAGAAGAGAGAGUGAGAGAGAUAUUUAUAGUAUUUCCUAUCUAUCUAUAUAUAAAUCUAUAUAUAGAUUCUCUCUACUAUUGGUAUACGUAUCUCGAUAUAUACUCAUUAUGGAGAUAUAUAUAUAUAUACUUAUAGAGAUAGAUACAUACUGUAGUAAUCUAGAUAGAUUAGUCUACGAACAGACAUAUAGCAUAAUACAUAGAGACAUACAGAGAACAGAUACAUAUAUACGAGAGAUAGAUAUCGAAUAGUAGAUAUAGAGUGUGGGUAUAGGAUUGUUUCCAUGCCUCCUAAUGUGUUCAGCAUGUUGACUAGCCACGCCCCCAGGACCCCCACCUGGCCUCCAAGCAGGAACAGGAAACGUCAAGAUCCGCACUUCCUGUCCUCAACCAGCCAGAUGUUGCUUGGGAAAUUAUGAAAAUAUAAUAUCAUAAAAAAUGUAAACAGUGAUAUUUUUUUGGGGUGAUAAAAUCAGAUAAUUUAUACCCCUCUUUAUGAAUAGGUGUGGUUGAAAUGAAAUUCGAGUAGAAGAAAUGUCUGCAGAGUCAUAAUAAUUCUCUUCUAUGCUUCUGUCCAAAGUCAACAGUGUCUUUCUAAUCGGCAAAAUCGAGAACAACUAAACUCUAACGUCCUUUAAUUUUAGAGAAGAGGUCCUUUGACGAAGUUAAUCAUCCCUAGGCUAAAAUCAAAGUUUAACUAUUAAGUCUCAAAUACAACACAUUAUUCUGAGUCUGGACUGACUUUUUCUAAAGUUUCUAAAGUCCUGUAUAUCUAAAGUCCCCGUUAGUUGUUAUUAUUUUUUUUCCCUAUUCCUAUGAAAAUUUAGACUGGAAAAGGGGAGUGGAAAGGAGAGAAGAAGAGAAGAAAUACAAACAGAGGAUUUUAUAAUUGGACUUGGGUAGAGAUAUAUCUACCUCCCCUAUCUACUACUCCUUCCUUAACAAAUAGCGUAAAGGGAUAAGAAAAUGGAUAUUUUAAAACUUUUAAUUUUUCCCCUCGUUAGACUUUUAUUUUAAAUUUUAUCCUAACCCUUAUCUCACCCUUUUGUUUUAUCAUGGGCCCAAAGGUUUUUAUAGUUUUUUCCCCCCUUGGCUCAUCUCUUCUCCCCUCUCUUUCUUUUCCCUCCCCCCCUCGCUCUCGCUUUUCCUCUUCCUUCUUCUCUUUUCCGCUUCUACCCCCGUCCUCUCUCCUCCCCUAAUUGUUUUCUCCCUCUCUCUUCCCUCCCCCCUCUUCCCUUUCCCUUUUUCCCCCCCCCACUCCCCCCCCCCCAAACUUAUUAUUAUUCCUCCUUCCAUGGAUCUUGGCCUAACUUUAUCAUUUACUUUAGGUCGUCCUGUGAGUGCCAGACAUAUCAUGGCUUUAUAGAAAGCUUCAUAUAAGCUCUGUAAACUACUUUCCUCCCAGAGCAAAUAGAGAUAGAGAGAUAGAGAGGAUAUGAGAUAGAGAGAUAGAGAGAGAGAAUAGAGAGAUAGAGAGAAAUAUAUAAGACAGACGACAGAACCAGAAGAGAGAAGAGAGAGAGAUAGAGAGAGAGAGAGAGAGAGAGACAGACAGACAGACAUACAGGUAUUAGUUAGAUGUGAGGAGGGAUAGAUUAAUACGAUAGUAAAGAGAUGUGAUAGAGUAUGAAGCUCGCGUCUCUCUACUCGCUCUCAUCUCUCUCAUUCUCUACUCUCUCUGUCCUCCGCUUUUAACGUCACUUCGUAGCUCUCUCUCCUCUACUCUCUCGCUCUCACUGCGCUCUCUCUCCUCUCUCUCUCUCUCUCUCGUCUCUCCUCCUCUCUCUCUCUCUCUCCUCCCUCUCUCUCGCUCUGCCAUCAUCUCUCCGCCACUCUAGAUGUAGAUCUACUCACGAUAAGAGUCGCUCUCAACUAUCUUAUAUAGAUUAUAAUCCAUUUCAUAGAAUCAGACAGAUACAUAUCGAUCGAUAGCCAUUAUCUAUUAUUUGUGACUACAGAGAUAUGGAAGAUAUAGGGUAUAGUUACAGAGGUAGAGAAUAUCUAGACAACAGGAUAGAGAAUAACCAACGAUAGAGACACACCGAGUAGAGAGAAGAGAGAGAGAGAGAGGCAGAGCGGAUCAAAACGUCUUCCUGUUACUUUAACUUGGUCAAUGGAUUCAACACACUGAGAACCCCAUUAGUUUGUAUCACCACUUCAGUCAGGUCACUUAUUAAAUUCCUUCUUUGAGUGAGAUUUCCUAUGUUAGAAGAUCGCAUAUCUCUAGAUCUACAAAGACUGCAGUCAAAUGUAUAAUGCUUCCACUGUUAAUAGAUCAAACGCUCUGAGAUUAACCCCGUUUUUUUAUCAUCAGUAUAGUUCAGUGAGAAUUUGGCAUAAUAACUUCAAAUCCAAUAAAAUGUUAUUUGUCACAUGCUUCAUAAACAACAGGUAUAGACUAUCAGUGAAAUGCUUCCUUAAGGGCCCUUCCCAACAAUACAGAGAGAAAGAAAAUAGAGAAAUAAUUGAACAGUAAAACACGUAAUAAUAAAUACAUUAUGAGUACCGAUAACAUGGCUGUAUACACAGGGUACCAGUACCGAGUCGAUAUGCAGGGGUACGAGGUAAUAACAUGGCUAUAUACACAGGGUACCAGUACCAAGUCCAUGUGCAGGGGUACGAGGUAAUAACAUGGCUGUAUACACGGGGUACCAGUACCGAGUCGAUGUGCAGGGGUACGAGGUAAUUGAGGUAGAUAUGUACUGUACAUAUAACUAGGAAUACAGUGACAGAUAAUAAACAGUAGCAGCAGCGUAUGUGAUGAGUCAAAAGUGUUAGUGCAAAAAUGGUCAAUGCAGAUAGUCCGGGUAGCUAUUUGGUUAACUAUUUAACUAACUCCUUUUGCAGUUUUAUGGCUUGGGGGUAGAAGCUGUUCAGGGUCCUGUUGGUUCCAGACUUGGUGCAUCGGGAACCGCUUGCCGUGCGGUAGCAGAGAGAACAGUAUGUGACUUGGGUGGCUGGAGUCUUUGACAAUUUGUAGGGCCUUCCUCUGACACCGCCUGGUAUAGAGGUCCUGGAUGGCAGGGAGCUCGGCCCAAGUGAUGUACUGGGCCGUCCACAAUACCCUCUGUAGCGUGUUGCGGUCGGAUGCCAAGCAGUUGCCAUACCAAGCGAUGAUGCAACCAGUCAAGAUGUUCUAAAUGGUGUAGCUGUAGACAUUUUUUUAGGAUCUGAGGGCCCUUGCCAAAUAUUUUCAGUCUCCUGAGGGGCAAGCGGCGCUUUCGUGUUUUGACUAUGAUAGAUCCUUAGUGAUGUGGACACCGAGGAACUGGAAGCUCUUGACCCGGUCCCCUACAGCCUUGUCGAUGUGAAUGGGGGCGUGCUCAGCCCUCCGUUUCCUCUAGAUUCUUCUUUGAGUGAAAUUUUGGGACCAAACCGUUAGGCCUAUUCUUAAACUGUCGGUGGAUCCAACUUUCUGAGAACCUGGCUGAUCUUUUAUCAUCAAUUCAGUGAGAUCUUAUAUAUCAUAUUAAAUUCCUCCUUCUAGUAGCCUGUGUCUUAUCUGUGUCUUUCUAUGAAGACUCUAGACUAGAGAGGCUUUAGACCCAUUGUUUAUUAUCACGGCUACUUUGGAAGGAGCUGCUUCCUGUCUGUUGACCCGGUAACAGAAGGACAAAGGGGUGACAUAGGGGUGAUGUAAGGGAUGGACUGGGACCAGAAAUCACCCCGGGCAUUUAUAACACACCGGCCCAUUUUUUCCACUCGUGGCCCCCAUUAUUAGCCAAAUAAUAAUACUUUUGCACCAAAGCCCCAAUUUAGACAGGCCCACUGGGUUACAAAUGGAGCCGGCCAUCUGGCGUUUUGCUCUGAAAUGCCCUAUGUUCAGUCCGCCCCUGUACAGGGUUGAUGUAAGGGUGACAUAGGGGUUUUCUGUCCAGACAAGAUUAUCCCAUGUUGUUGGGGAUGGCUGGAUGGCUGCAUGGCUGGAUGGCUGGAUGGCUGGAUGGCUGGAUGGCUGGAUGGCUGCAUGGCUGGAUGGCUGGAUGGCUGGAUGGCUGCAUGGCUGGAUGGCUGGAUGGCUGGAUGGCUGGAUGGCUGGAUGGCUGGAUGGCUGGAUGGCUGAAUGGCUGGAUGGCUGGAGGAGAAUCUUCUGAUGUUUGUUCUGGGUUUAGUUGGUCUUAUAAGAUGAGGGGUUCAGAGACAAGGGCUGCAUUCCAAACGGCACCCUAUUUCCUAUUUAGUCUAAAGUAGUGCACUACAUAGGGAAUAGGGUGCCAUUCUCUGGUCUAAAGUAGUGCACUACAUAGGGAAUAGGGUGCCAUUCUCUGGUCAAAAGUAGUGCACUACAUAGGGAAUAGGGUGCCAUUCUCUGGUCAAAAGUAGUGCACUACAUAGGGAAUAGGGUGCCAUUCUCUGGUCUAAAAUAGUGCACUAUAUAGGGAAUAGGGUGGCAUUCUCUGGUCUAAAGUAGUGCACUAUAUAGGGAAUAGGGUGCCAUUCUCUGGUCUAAAGUAGUGCACUAUGUAGGGAAUAGGGUGCCAUUCUCUGGUCUAAAGUAGUGCACUAUGUAGGGAAUAGGGUGCCAUUCUCUGGUCUAAAGUAGUGCACUAUAUAGGGAAUAGGGUGGCAUUCUCUGGUCUAAAGUAGGGCACUAUGUAGGGAAUAGGGUGCCAUUCUCUGGUCUAAAAUAGUGCACUAUAUAGGGAAUAGGGUGAUAUUCUCUGGUCUAAAGUAGUGCACUACAUAGGGAAUAGGGUGCCAUUCUCUGGUCAAAAGUAGUGCACUACAUAGGGAAUAGGGUGCCAUUCUCUGGUCUAAAAUAGUGCACUAUAUAGGGAAUAGGGUGGCAUUCUCUGGUCUAAAGUAGUGCACUAUAUAGGGAAUAGGGUGCCAUUCUCUGGUCUAAAGUAGUGCACUAUGUAGGGAAUAGGGUGCCAUUCUCUGGUCUAAAGUAGUGCACUAUGUAGGGAAUAGGGUGCCAUUCUCUGGUCUAAAGUAGUGCACUAUAUAGGGAAUAGGGUGGCAUUCUCUGGUCUAAAGUAGGGCACUAUGUAGGGAAUAGGGUGCCAUUCUCUGGUCUAAAAUAGUGCACUAUAUAGGGAAUAGGGUGGCAUUCUCUGGUCUAAAGUAGUGCACUACAUAGGGAAUAGGGUGCCAUUCUCUGGUCAAAAGUAGUGCACUACAUAGGGAAUAGGGUGCCAUUCUCUGGUCUAAAAUAGUGCACUAUAUAGGGAAUAGGGUGGCAUUCUCUGGUCUAAAGUAGUGCACUAUAUAGGGAAUAGGGUGCCAUUCUCUGGUCUAAAGUAGUGCACUAUGUAGGGAAUAGGGUGCCAUUCUCUGGUCUAAAGUAGUGCACUAUGUAGGGAAUAGGGUGCCAUUCUCUGGUCUAAAGUAGUGCACUAUAUAGGGAAUAGGGUGGCAUUCUCUGGUCUAAAGUAGGGCACUAUGUAGGGAAUAGGGUGCCAUUCUCUGGUCUAAAAUAGUGCACUAUAUAGGGAAUAGGGUGGCAUUCUCUGGUCUAAAGUAGUGCACUAUAUAGGGAAUAGGGUGCCAUUCUCUGGUCUAAAGUAGUGCACUAUGUAGGGAAUAGGGUGCCAUUCUCUGGUCUAAAGUAGUGCACUAUGUAGGGAAUAGGGUGCCAUUCUCUGGUCAAAAGUAGUGCACUACAUAGGGAAUAGGGUGCCAUUCUCUGGUCUAAAAUAGUGCACUAUAUAGGGAAUAGGGUGGCAUUCUCUGGUCUAAAGUAGUGCACUAUAUAGGGAAUAGGGUGCCAUUCUCUGGUCUAAAGUAGUGCACUAUGUAGGGAAUAGGGUGCCAUUCUCUGGUCUAAAGUAGUGCACUAUAUAGGGAAUAGGGUGCCAUUCUCUGGUCUAAAGUAGUGCCCUAUGUAGGGAAUAGGGUGCCAUUUUCUUUCUAUUUAUUUCUAUAUUUUGUAUCUUUACCUCUGCAUUGUUGGAAAAGGGGUACCAGUACCGAGUCGAUGUGCAGUGGUACGAGGUAAUUGAGGUAGAUAUGUACUGUACAUAUAACUAGGAAUACAGUGACAGAUAAUAAACAGUAGCAGCAGCGUAUGUGAUGAGUCUAAAAAGAUGGUCAAUGCAGAUAGUCUGGGUAGCUAUUUGGUUAACUAUUUAACUAACUAUUUAGCAGUCUUAUGGCUUGGGGGUAGAAGCUGUUCAGGGUCCUGUUGGUUCCAGACUUGGUGCAUCGGGAACUGCUUGCCGUGCGGUAGCAGAGAGAACAGUCUGUGACUUGGGUGGCUGGAGUCUUUGACCAUUUUUAGGGUCUUCCUCUGACACCGCCUGGUAUAGAGGUCCUGGAUGGCAGGGAGCUCGGUCCCAAUGAUGUACUACCAGAGUUGUGGACUCCAGUCACAAACUUGAUGACUUGAGACUCAACUUGAUAGAAAAUAAAAUAACUUGACUUGGACUCAAAACUGAUGACUUGAAAUUAUCUGGCAAGGUUUUGUAAAGUUUUGGCACUCAUUUUGUGGCACAGAGUCUCUGUGGAUUACUCAGCCAGAGACAGUAGGCACAGCGUCAUCCUUGCAAAAAACGCACACCCGGCCCUCUGAUUGGACCAGCAAACUGUCAAUCAACACAGGUCGGGUGAGCUAGCGAGGUAGAAGUUCUGUUUAUUUAAUUCAAUGUAUGGUUUCCUUUGUUAUGUCGAUAGUUUGUUGAUAUUUCCCGGGUUAUGUCGAUAGUUUGUUGAUAUUUCCCGGGUUAUGUCGAUAGUUUGUUGAUAUUUCCCGGGUUAUGUCGAUGGUUUGUUCAAAUUACUCGGGUUAUGUCGAUGGUUUGUUCAAAUUACCCGGGUUAUGUCGAUAGUUUGCUCAUAUUUCCCGGGUUAUGUCGAUAGUUUGCUCACAAGCAUUUCGCUACACCCGCAAAAACAUCUGCUAAACGCGUGCAUGUGACAAAUAAAAUGUGAUUUUGAUUUGAUAUUUCCAGGGUUAUGUCAAUAGUUUGGUCAUAGUUGUUGUUCGUAAUAGGAGGGCGAUUAGAGAUAAGCUAUGUGGUUGAAAUCUUUGCCGCCUCCUGAGGGGGAAGAGGCGUUUGUCGUGCCCUCUUCACGACUGUGUUGGUGUGUUUGGACCAUGACAGAUCCUUAGUAACAGUAGAGUAGAUACAUCUAUAUACAGUACGGUCUUCUGUAGUAAAGGAUCCAUAUAAAAUCAUCUAGUAACUGGGACGUUGUCAACGCCUGGGUCUCAAAUGGCACCUAUUCCCUAUAUAGUGCACUGCUUUUGACCAGAGCCCCAUUUCUGCACUCUAUAAGGAAUAGGGUGCCAUUUGGGAAGUUUUCAAUGUGUUAGUGAGUAGUGAAGAGACCCCGUGUGUGUGCGGCUCCUUUAAAACCUAGUCCUGCUAUUAGGCUGCUUUACAUUCCCCCAUAACCACACUGUAUAUCACUGUGACCCUCAGGGAAGGGAGGGAGGGAGUGAGGGAGGGAGGGAGGGAGGGAGGGAGGGAGGGAGGGAGGGGAAGUAAGUUAAUGAAAUAGAGAGAAGUUAGAGAAUUCCUCUAGUUGUUGCUGAUGCAGCUAGUCAGUUGAGAGAGAUAGUGAGAGGAACAGGGAGGAGAGAGAAUUAAUAACCAAAAUAUGUGGAGCAGUUCUAUCAGUGUAUGAAACACAAAAAGCUCCUUUAGUUCCUGUUCCAUUACCAGAAAAGGUGUUAAACUGCCUGUAAAACCUCAACCCUACUGUGCCAGACCCUCUCCAAAGGCCUAGUGUCCAGAAACACUAUGUUUUAUCCCCCUCUCUCUCUCUGUCUCUCUCUCUCUCUCUCUCUCUCUCUCUCUCUCUCUCUCUCUCUCUCUCUCUCUCUCUCUCUGUCUCUGUCUCUGUCUCUGUCUCUGUCUCUGUCUCUGUCUCUGUCUCUGUCUCUCUCUCUCUCUCUCCGUCUCUCUCUCUCUCUCUCUCUCUCUCUCUCUCUCUCUCUCUCUCCUCUCUCUCUCUCUCUCUCUCUCUCUCUCUCUCUCUCUCUCUCUCUCUCCCUCUCUCUCCCCCUCCCCCUUCCCCUCCCUCUCUCCCCCUCCCUCCCUGUGGGUCUGUAACUGUGUGGUUUUGUAGAGUGGACCCCAGCUAGGCAGGGGGGCCUAUUAGACCCACUAGACGGCCCCUAACAUCUUUACAGCCCAGGUCUCUCAUAAAAAACACUGGUGCCCGUAUUGGUAGAUUUGUCUUCACAUGCAGUGAAGGUGUAGUAAAACAUGUCAAUCUUCUUGAAAAUGUCAACCUUUAUCCUUUUGUUCAAUGGCAAAGUAACCUAGCUACUGCUACAAUAGACCAACAUAGCUACUGUAGUAGGUCAAAGCUGUGUGCUGGAAAACCUUAGUAGAGCAUGGGUGCUGUGUUCUGUAAAACCUUGGUAGAGCAUGGGUGCUGUGUUCUGUAAAACCUUGGUAGAGCAUGGGUGCUGUGUUCUGUAAAACCUUGGUAGAGCAUGGGUGCUGUGUUCUGUAAAACCUUGGUAGAGCAUGGGUGCUGUGUUCUGUAAAACCUUGGUAGAGCAUGGGUGCUGUGUUCUGUAAAACCUUGGUAGAGCAUGGGUGCUGUGUUCUGUAAAACCUUGGUAGAGCAUGGGUGCUGUGUUCUGUAAAACCUUGGUAGAGCAUGGGUGGAGUAGACAUUGUGGUGCUCAUGUGAAUUUCCUGUCUUUUUCAGGAUUCAGUCCUACUACUACCUAAAACGUAGUUGAUAGUUAAUACCAUGGUAAUUACACAGUAGUAUACUUCAACUUUGAGGUGAAAGCUAUAUCUACUCAUUCAAUAUCUUGCAUGUUAGAUCAAAGAUAUUACUAUCUGCUUUUAUUGUUUUGUACUUUUAUGAAACUCCUUUUGUACUAAAUCAUCACCCCUGAUGUCAAAGCUAUAAAUAGGCUUUUAAAUCAACAAUACAGUACAUAUGAACAAACUGUUUAUUUUACCAUGUGAAAAUACUAAACAUUUCUCCCUCCCCUCUCUUCACAGCUGACCCAGUGGAUGUACUCAAGGCUCUGGACUUUCACAGCUCCCCGGAUGGCGUCCGUAAAGCUACGGGCCUCUGCGCUCACCGGAGAGGAUCUAAACCCGACAAAGCCUUCCGCGUGGGGAAGCAGGCCCAGAUCAGCGCUCCCACCAAGCAACUCUUCCCAGGUGAUCUGGAGAGACAGAAACACACACGCACGCACGCACGCACUCACACACACACACACACACACACUCACACUCACACUCACACACAAACACACUCACACACACACACUCACUCACUCACUCACUCACUCACUCACUCACUCACUCACUCACUCACUCACUCACUCACUCACUCACUCACUCACUCACUCACUCACUCACUCACACACACACACACACACACACACACACACACACACACACACACACACACACACACACACACACACACACACACACACACACACACACACACACACACACACACAAACCUCAGUUAAGUUGAUUUACCACACACUCACUGUAAGCAGAGUAAACCUGUCUCGUAUUUGCCAGAACAGGAUUUAUCCAGUGUGACGUUUAAUAAAAAAUGCGUUGGCUUUGGGAUGCCAGACUAGGGCUACGCAUUUGGCAGGAAGUUAGAAAUCUAUCCAGGGGGCCGGGGUUUCUUCUUCUUCUUCUUCUUCUUCUUCUUCUUCUUCUUCUUCUUCUUCUUCUUCUUCUUCUUCUUCUUCUUCUUCUUCUUCUUCUUACUCACUGAAUGCACAAAGCAGUCAUAGGCUACGUCCCAAAUUGAACCCUACUCUCUAUUUAGUGCAUUACUUUUGACCAGAUCCCUAUGGGCCACUGCCAUAGCUUUAGACUAGGUGGAGGUCUGAUGCCCAGGUGGAGGUGUGAUGCCCAGGUGGAGGUCUGAUGCCAAGGUGGAGGUCUGAUGCCCAGCACUAGGUGGAGGUCUGAUGCCCAGUUGGAGGUAUGAUGCCCAGGUGGAGGUCUGAUGCCCAGGUGGAGGUCUGAUGCCCAGCACUAGGUGGAGGUCUGAUGCCCAGCACUAGGUGGAGGUCUGAUGCCCAGGUGGAGGUCUGAUGCCCAGCACUAGGUGGAGGUCUGAUGCCCAGGUGGAGGUCUGAUGCCCAGGUGGAGGUCUGAUGCCCAGCACUAGGUGGAGGUCUGAUGCCCAGCACUAGGUGGAGGUCUGAUGCCCAGCACUAGGUGGAGGUCUGAUGCCCAAGUGGAGGUCUGAUGCCCAGCACUAGGUGGAGGACUUGAUGUGACAAACACACCUGCAUUCAUCAGAGGCAUUUUGGAGAGACAGAAAGCUAUUUGAUAGUGUUUGAAUUCCAAAUGGCACCACACACUAUUCCCUAUUUAGUGCACCUCACACGGAAUAUGGUGUCAUUUGGGACAUAUCCAGUGUCUCCAUAGGGGUGUGCUACUGUCCUAAACUGCUUACUGUUCAAGCAGUUAAUCCACAGUACUGACAAUAAACAACAGCGGAAUACAUCUAAUGACCAUGUGUCAUUAGUUGUAACAGUAUAACACUUCUAACCUGCUGAAUGAAUAACUGAGACAAUAGGGCCUACCCUGUAGAGAUUAAUGAAUUGAGGGAAAAGGACCUUCCCUGUAGGGAUUAAUGAAUUGAGGGAAAAGGACCUUCCCUGUAGGGAUUAAUGAAUUGAGGGAAAAGGGCCUUCCCUGUAGGGAUUAAUGAAUUGAGGGAAAAGGGCCUUCCCUGUAGGGAUUAAUGAAUUGAGGGAAAAGGGCCUUCCCUGUAGGGAUUAAUGAAUUGAGGGAAAAGGUCCUUCCCUGUAGGGAUUAAUGAAUUGAGGGAAAAUGACCUUCCCUGUAGGGAUUCAUGAAUUGAGGGGAAAUGACCUUCCCUGUAGGGAUUAAUGAAUUGAGGGAAAAGGGCCUUCCCUGUAGGGAUAAAUUAAUUGAGGGGAAAUGACCUUCCCUGUAGGGAUUAAUUAAUUGAGGGAAAAGGACCUUCCCUGUAGGGAUUAAUGAAUUGAGGGGAAAUGACCUUCCCUGUAGGGAUUAAUGAAUUGAGGGGAAAUGACCUUCCCUGUAGGGAUUAAUGAAUUGAGGGAAAAGGGCCUUCCCUGUAGGGAUCUCAACUCGGUACCUAAUGGCAGUCAGGCUACCUCUGGCGAGCACAUGGAGGGCUGUGCGGCCCCCCAAAUAAAUGCCACCCCACACCAUGACUGACCCACCGCCAAACCGGUCAUGCUGGAGGAUGUUGCAGGCAGCAGAACAUUCUCCACGGCGUCUCCAGACUCUGUCACGUCUGUCACAUGCUCAGUGUGAACCUGCUUUCAUCUGUGAAGAGCACAGGGCGCCAGUGGCGAAUUUGCCAAUUCUCUGGCAAAUGCCAAACGUCCUGCACGGUGUUGGGCUGUAAGCACAACCCCCACCUGUGGAUGUCGGGCCCUCAUACCACCUUUAUGGAGUCUGUUUCUGACCGUUUGAGCAGACACAUGCACAUUUGUGGCCUGCUGGAGGUCAUUUUGCAGGGCUCUGGCAGUGCUCCUCCUGCUCCUCCUUGCACAAAGGCGGAGGUAGCGGUCCUGCUGCUGGGUUGUUGCCCUCCUACGGCCUCCUCCACGUCUCCUGAUGUACUGGCCUGUCUCCUGGUAGCGCCUCCAUGCUCUGGACACUACGCUGACAGACACAGCAAACCUUCUUGCCACAGCUCGCAUUGAUGUGCCAUCCUGGAUGAGCUGCACUACCUGAGCCACUUGUGUGGGUUGUAGACUCCGUCUCAUGCUACCACUAGAGUGAAAGCACCAGCAGCAUUCAAAAGUGACCAAAACAUCAGCCAGGAAGCAUAGGAACUGAAAGUGGUCUGUGGUCACCACCUGCAAAACCAGUUCUUUAUUGGGGGUGUCUUGCUAAUUUCCUAUAAUUUCCACCUGUUGUCUAUUCCAUUUGCACAACAGCAUGUGAAAUGUAUUGUCAAUCAGUGUUGCUUCCUAAGUGGACAGUUUGAUUUCACAGAAGUGUGAUUGACUUGGAGUUACAUUGUGUUGUUUAAGUGUUCCCUUUAUUUUUUUGAGCAAUGUACUAUUUGGAAACGUAGGGCAACGACCAAGCAUUUAUUAGCUAAAAGGAUAAAUGAAGGACAAAGUUGGUUCUUGUCCGUUGGAGUCGUGUGCCCUCUUUCUGGUUGAAAAGACAGGACAGUUUAAGACGCUAGUUGCCUACUUGGCCCAUACUGGCAGGAUACUGUAUACAACUUUACUAGAAACAGUGGCUUGUUACAUACUUUCUCCCCGUCUGUGAGUGUUGGUGCUUUGCCAAAUUUCCCAGACAGCAAAGGAAAAAUAAAGGCAGAACAUAGCAGGAGAUUCAAUUAACAAUUAGAUUUGCUGUGAUUUUUGGCCAAAAAUAAUUGCCUGGAAACUUUACUGGUUUAAAGACUGGAAAUUUCAGUCAAAAUAGGCUCAAAUAAGAUUGAAUGGAGUGGAGUACAGUUUCCCAUUUUUUUUUAAAAUUGGCAAUGGUAGCAGUCUGUCAGAGUGCUCUGUCUAAGGAGAACAAUUAAGCUUUUAUUAUUAAUUACAAUUAUUAUUAUUAUUAUUAUUAUUAUUAUUAUUAUUAUUAUUACAUCAUCACCAGCAGCCUAGUAUUCUUUUUGUUCUAGUUAAUCGUUUAGUUAAAGAACUAAAUUUUUUAGGUUUAUUCUCUUUCACACGCCUUGUAAAAUUAAUGUUCCAAUUAGAUCACUUCUGACUUUCAAGAUUAGCCAGCUGCUCUUAGACGUUCUUAAAGUACGCGGCAACAAAGGACACUUUUAAACUUAAAUUAAGUUCUUUAGUAUCUACUAUAAUUGGGAUAAAAGUAAUGGUACAAAUCUGUAAUUUUACGAGCCUGACCCUGCCACUUCGUCUGGUAAGCUAAGGGAUGAUGCUGGGGGAAAUGUAACCUCUCUCAAGUAGACAAAGCUAUGGACGUGAGGGCUAACAGUCCAUGAGAUUAACGUGAUCAUUUUUAAUGUGUCCUCAAGGAUGGGUGCAAAUAAGGGCAAGCCUUGAAAUCUGUUAUUGUUGAUGUAUAUAAACAAGAAGUCUCCCAGAAAUAUGAUGAUGUCAUUAGGGCUGUAACGGUCAUGGAAUUUUGGAUGACGGUUAUUGGUGAGCCAAAUGACCGCGGAUCCGUUCUAACCGUUCGAAUAGCAAAAUAUAUGCAAAUGUUCUCCUCUCCUCCGCUCCUGACUGCAUGUGCUGCUGCUGCAGGGGAGGGGGGGUGUUGUCUAGGCAACCAAAGACUUGUUUGCUACAACACCUUGCUUGUUUCAACAAGGAGCAAUAAAAGUUUCAUCACGUUGUUAAGAGUCCAUGUUACCGCAGAAACGGACUUAACCAACCGAUUUCCCAGCCGUCCCUUCUUCAGUCAGCUGUUUGUUCCACACAAAACAUUAUUAUUAUUAUUAUUAUUAUUAUUAUUAUUAUUAUUAUUAUUAUUGUUGUUGUUGUUGUUGUUGUUGUUGUAUUUGUCAGCCCUAGUGUGUCUGUCUGUAUUCUACUUUCCGGAAGCUGUGUUUUCUUUUUUGUCUUUUUUGUCUUCAAAAGCAUUUUUUUGUCCCGGUAUUUUUAUUUUAUUACAACAGUUAUGAAAGUUAUUUUAUUUUCAUGAUUGUCUUCAUCCAUAGCCGUCGGUUAUAAGGUUAUACUUUAAUUGUGCCAGGCCUAGAUGUCAUAUUACUGUGUCCACCUCUAUCCUCUCUAACUCUUCUGUGUUUGAUGAUGUCAUAUUACCACGUCCACCUCUAUCCUCUCUAACUCUUCUGUGUUUGAUGAUGUCAUAUUACUGUGUCCACCUCUAUCCUCUCUAACUCUUCUGUGUUUGAUGAUGUCAUAUUACCACGUCCACCUCUAUCCUCUCUAACUCUUCUGUGUUUGAUGAUGUCAUAUUACUGUGUCCACCUCUAUCCUCUCUAACUCUUCUGUGUUUGAUGAUGUCAUAUUACUGUGUCCACCUCUAUCCUCUCUAACUCUUCUGUGUGUGAUGAUGUCAUAUUACUGUGUCCACCUCUAUCCUCUCUAACUCUUCUGUGUUUGAUGAUGUCAUAUUACUGUGUCCACCUCUAUCCUCUCUAACUCUUCUGUGUUUGAUGAUGUCAUAUUACUGUGUCCACCUCUAUCCUCUCUAACUCUUCUGUGUUUGAUGAUGUCAUAUUAUCACGUCCACCUCUAUCCUCUCUAACUCUUCUGUGUGUGAUGAUGUCAUAUUACUGUGUCCACCUCUAUCCUCUCUAACUCUUCUGUGUUUGAUGAUGUCAUAUUAUCACGUCCACCUCUAUCCUCUCUAACUCUUCUGUGUUUGAUGAUGUCAUAUUACUGCAGGGGAGGGGGGGUGUUGUCUAGGCAACCAAAGACUUGUUUGCUACAACACCUUGCUUGUUUCAACAAGGAGCAAUAAAAGUUUCAUCACGUUGUUAAGAGUCCAUGUUACCGCAGAAACGGACUUAACCAACCGAUUUCCCAGCCGUCCCUUCUUCAGUCAGCUGUUUGUUCCACACAAAACAUUAUUAUUAUUAUUAUUAUUAUUAUUAUUAUUAUUAUUAUUGUUGUUGUUGUUGUUGUUGUUGUUGUAUUUGUCAGCCCUAGUGUGUCUGUCUGUAUUCUACUUUCCGGAAGCUGUGUUUUCUUUUUUGUCUUUUUUGUCUUCAAAAGCAUUUUUUUGUCCCGGUAUUUUUAUUUUAUUACAACAGUUAUGAAAGUUAUUUUAUUUUCAUGAUUGUCUUCAUCCAUAGCCGUCGGUUAUAAGGUUAUACUUUAAUUGUGCCAGGCCUAGAUGUCAUAUUACUGUGUCCACCUCUAUCCUCUCUAACUCUUCUGUGUUUGAUGAUGUCAUAUUACCACGUCCACCUCUAUCCUCUCUAACUCUUCUGUGUUUGAUGAUGUCAUAUUACUGUGUCCACCUCUAUCCUCUCUAACUCUUCUGUGUUUGAUGAUGUCAUAUUACCACGUCCACCUCUAUCCUCUCUAACUCUUCUGUGUUUGAUGAUGUCAUAUUACUGUGUCCACCUCUAUCCUCUCUAACUCUUCUGUGUUUGAUGAUGUCAUAUUACUGUGUCCACCUCUAUCCUCUCUAACUCUUCUGUGUGUGAUGAUGUCAUAUUACUGUGUCCACCUCUAUCCUCUCUAACUCUUCUGUGUUUGAUGAUGUCAUAUUACUGUGUCCACCUCUAUCCUCUCUAACUCUUCUGUGUUUGAUGAUGUCAUAUUACUGUGUCCACCUCUAUCCUCUCUAACUCUUCUGUGUUUGAUGAUGUCAUAUUAUCACGUCCACCUCUAUCCUCUCUAACUCUUCUGUGUGUGAUGAUGUCAUAUUACUGUGUCCACCUCUAUCCUCUCUAACUCUUCUGUGUUUGAUGAUGUCAUAUUAUCACGUCCACCUCUAUCCUCUCUAACUCUUCUGUGUUUGAUGAUGUCAUAUUACUGUGUCCACCUCUAUCCUCUCUAACUCUUCUGUGUGUGAUGAUGUCAUAUUACUGUGUCCACCUCUAUCCUCUCUAACUCUUCUGUGUGUGAUGAUGUCAUAUUACUGUGUCCACCUCUAUCCUCUCUAACUCUUCUGUGUUUGAUGAUGUCAUAUUACUGUGUCCACCUCUAUCCUCUCUAAUUAUUAUGUGUUUGAUGAUGUCAUAUUGCUAAGCUAACCUAUCUACUUGUUGUUCGCCCACCACUAACCUUCUUCCCUUUACUUUUGGCACUACACAUUGGUGAUUACCAAGGAGUUUGACAGUGUAACAGCUAGUGGGGAUCCAAAUAAACAGAACCAAUCAGAUGAAUAAUGAACCUCUCUAAACCUCUCUAAACUCUUAUUUUGCUCCUCUCACCAGGAGGAGUGUUCCCAGAGGACUUCUCCGUGAUGUUCACCAUCAAGCCCAAGGCCGGCAGCCAGUCCUUCCUGCUGUCUGUGUAUAACGAGAAGGGGGUACAGCAGCUGGGUGUGGAGGUGGGACGCUCCCCUGUCUUCCUGUACGAAGACCAACAUGGGAAACCUGCGCCAGAGGAGUACCCACUGUUCAGAUCCAUCAACCUCGCUGACGGCAAGUAAGUGAUGUCUGAGACACCUGAGGAACUCAUCACUACCGUAUCACAAAGCAAAGCCUUUUCUGUUACGGACAAGGUUUGGGUCGGGGGAAAAGGUAUAUGCACUGUCUGGGUUAGUUUUAGGAUUUCUCUUUCCUCAGGUAAGUAACUGAAGUUUGGCCUUUCACUUGGGUGACUGGACCCAAACCUACGAAAGGUUAGGAGAUGGUCAUUGGUGGGCCAGUUGUAUGCUUGUUGUGCUUUGAUGUUCGGCGCAGUGGUCUAAGGCGCUGCAUCGCAGUGCUAGCUGUGCCACUAGAGAUCCUGGUUCGAAUCCAGGCUCUGUCGUAGCCGGCCGCGACCGGGAGACCCAUGGGGCGGCGCACAAUUGGCCCAGCGUCGUCCAGGGUAGGGGAGGGAAUGGCCGGCAGGGAUGUAACUCAGUUGGUAGAGCAUGUUGUUUGCAACGCCAGGGUUGUGGGUUUGAUUCCCAAGGGGGGCCAGUUUGAAAAAUAAACUAACUGUAAGUCGCUCUGGAUAAGAGCGUCUGCUAAAUGACUAAAAUGUAAAAUGUAAUGUUGUAGAAGGAGGACUGUGCAGGAGAGGGUCUGUGGCAUUGCUGUGUUCGUACUGUAGACACACUCCACACCACAUAAAGCCAUGUUUUACAAGAUGGCCGACCGGAUCGAAGCGUUCUGAGUUCUCAAGAAUGUAUUUAAGGGCUUCUCAGCAGACCCAAACAAACCACUGACAAUUCACAAUUAUUAGAUUGACAUGCUUCAUUGUUUAGUUAUUGGUAACAUAAGGAAUAUAACUGUGGGAGGCUGUAUUUUUGAGUAACCCAUUUAUUUAUUUGGCAGGGUUUUAAUGACAAACAGUUUUUGCCAAAUUAUUUACAGCUGUCUAUAUUGUUGAUGUGUAGUAAACUAUCAAAAUAAAAGAGUUUGAGCUUCAUAAAUUACUUAAACUGUAACAUUAAUAUUCUGACUGUGAACUCUUUGCUAAUAUGAAACAUUUUGCAAGAACGUGUCUGAUACAAUUGUCUACAGUGAAAUGAAACGUUGCGUUGGUAUGUGACAUGAAUGUCUGUAGUUGAUUUAUCUGUUUUCCAGACCUUGUAAAGUAGAGUUAGCCUGUUUCAAUUACUGUACUUUUAUUGUUUUAUUGUUUAUCUAGCUAGGAAUGUUUCUGAGAAGAACAAAAUUAUCUUCAGUAAGAACAACCUAGUUUUAAGUUUUAAAUCUCUUGGCAUCUCUGUGACUAUACCAGACUGUAGAUCAUCUCUGUGACUAUACCAGACUGUAGAUCAUCUCUAUGACUAUACCAGACUGUAGAUCAUCUCUGACUAUACCAGACUGUAGAUCAUCUCUGACUAUACCAGACUGUAGAUCAUCUCUCUGACUAUACCAGACUGUAGAUCAUCUCUAUGACUAUACCAGACUGUAGAUCAUCUCUAUGACUAUACCAGACUGUAGAUCAUCUCUGACUAUACCAGACUGUAGAUCAUCUCUGACUAUACCAGACUGUAGAUCAUCUCUAUGACUAUACCAGACUGUAGAUCAUCUCUGACUAUACCAGACUGUAGAUCAUCUCUGACUAUACCAGACUGUAGAUCAUCUCUCUGACUAUACCAGACUGUAGAUCAUCUCUAUGACUAUACCAGACUGUAGAUCAUCUCUAUGACUAUACCAGACUGUAGAUCAUCUCUGACUAUACCAGACUGUAGAUCAUCUCUGACUAUACCAGACUGUAGAUCAUCUCUGACUAUACCAGACUGUAGAUCAUCUCUGACUAUACCAGACUGUAGAUCAUCUCUGACUAUACCAGACUGUAGAUCAUCUCUGUGACUAUACCAGACUGUAGAUCAUCUCUGACUAUACCAGACUGUAGAUCAUCUCUGACUAUACCAGACUGUAGAUCAUCUCUGACUAUACCAGACUGUAGAUCAUCUCUGACUAUACCAGACUGUAGAUCAUCUCUGACUAUACCAGACUGUAGAUGUCCAACCUGUGCUCAGGUUUUACCAUUCAACAUCAACAUAUACACCUCAUACAUUUCAUGUUCUCCCCAAAUCUCUCAUGUUUCUCUAACCCACUUCCUCCUCUGUCCAUGUGUAGAUGGCAUCGCGUGGCCAUCAGUGUAGAGAAGAAGAGUGUGACCAUCAUUGUGGAUUGUAAGAAGAAGCUGAGCAGGCCCCUGAAGAGGAGUGACGGGGCAGCCAUCAACACUGACGGCAUCAUUGUCUUUGGAACCAGGAUUCUGGAUGAAGAAGUCUUUGAGGUAAGAACAUUAAAGACCCAGUGCAGGCAAAAAUGUGACUUUUCCUGUGUUUUAUAUAUAUAUAUUUCCACACUAUGAGGUUGGAAUAAUACUGUGAAAUUGUGAAUAUUGUAAGGACAUUGGCUAUUGCUUACUGUGCCACUGUAUUGUUGAUUUUAUAUAUGGAUAGUAUGCAGCAAAUGUUGGAUUGAUGCCUUUUUGAGACAGGCCCGUACCCGGGGCAAAAAGGGGGCUUAUCAUCCUCAGUUUCAGUUUUAUGUCCCUAUAUAAAAAUAGCAACAAAGUUCAAAUGAUUUGAGUGACAGGUUGGCGCAAAAUCUGUAUCUCCGCUGCGCUGUCAGCUCACCGUGGUGUGUGUAGUGAGGCUAUGGAAAGCCACUGGGGAGCAGGGUUUCCGUUAGCCGGUAACUGCCGGCUUUUGGCCGAUAGAAUAAUGAAAAGCCGAUAAAUAAAAUUGUAGCUGGACAAAUUAUCCCGGGGCUCCCCUGCUGCUGAGGAGAGAGAGGAGGCGAGACAGGAGCCAUGGCCUAGGCUACUGUUGAUUGCGAAGAUGGAGGACGUUUUCAUUGAAGCAAAACUAAAGUUAGAGAGUACGCCUGUAGUGAAACGCCUUCAAGCCGGCGCUGCAGGCUGCCAUCAUUUAGUCGCAUUUUGAAACCUGGCGGUGGGAGUUUAAAAAAUGUAUUGGUUGCAUCGGUGCAGGCUGCACAUUCAUUCAACUCACUAAAAACGUCUUAUUUCUUAGGAGGCUAAAACCAUGAUUUGGUUAAAUAGUAAAGUACAUUAUCCUUGUGAUUCCUGUAAUGAAAGUGUCUGCCUGCCCCUGUACCUGUUUCUCUGAGGCUUGCUGCUGUGUCCUGCCCCUGUACAUGUUUCUCUGGGGCCUGCUGCUGGGGCCUGCCCCUGUACCUGUUUCUCUGGGACCUGCUGUUGGGGCCUGCCCCUGUACAUGUUUCUCUGGGGCCUGCCCCUGUACCUGUUUCUCUGGGGCCUGCUGCUGUGGCCUGCCCCUGUACAUGUUUCUCUGGGGCCUGCCCCUGUACCUGUUUCUCUGGGGCCUGCUGCUGUGGCCUGCCCCUGUACCUGUUUCUCUGGGGCCUGCUGCUGGGGCCUGCCCCUGUACAUGUUUCUCUGGGGCCUGCUGCUGUGGACUGCCCCUGUACCUGUUUCUCUGGGGCCUGCUGCUGUGGCCUGCCCCUGUACCUGUUUCUCUGGGGCCUGCUGCUGGGGCCUGCCCCUGUACAUGUUUCUCUGGGGCCUGCUGCUGUGGCCUGCCCCUGUACCUGUUUUCUCUGGGGCCUGCUGCUGUGGCCUGCCCCUGUACCUGUUUCUCUGGGGCCUGCUGCUGGGGCCUGCCCCUGUACCUGUUUCUCUGGGGCCUGCUGCUGGGGCCUGCCCCUGUACCUGUUUCUCUGGGGCCUGCUGCUGUGGCCUGCCCCUGUACCUGUUUCUCUGGGGCCUGCUGCUGGGGCCUGCCCCUGUACCUGUUUCUCUGGGGCCUGCUGCUGGGGCCUGCCCCUGUACCUGUUUCUCUGGGGCCUGUCUAGCGAACCACUCUCUCUCUCUCUCCUUUCCCAGGCGAAAAAUAAAUGCUCCGGGAGAAAGAAAAGUGUUCUGAUUGUAUAGCAUUUUUUAAAAAUAGAAUUGCUGGGAAGACACAGCUAUCCUAUUGUCACAGAUGGAGAGAAGAUGUUCUCAGCUUUCUGUAGGUAUACUGUUUUUUCUCGACUCUCAGUUUUGAGCUCAAUAGCAAGUAUUUAACAAACAUAUUUGAAAUGGCUUUGAGAUACAGAGCAUUGGACAUUGGCCUCAUUGGAAAGUAGGCUUUAACUGCAACGUUUUUGGGGACAUUAAAUGUACUGUUAGAUUAAUACAUUGCUACUAUGAGUGGGUGUUAUAUUUAGAGUUAGUGAUCUAGCUAAUGUGUUUUGAGUUUCCACUUACUCAUCUCUAUAAAAAAAAUAAAAAAUGAAAAAUCAUUCUGGAGCCGUAUUUUAACAGUAGAAUAUAGCAACAAUAGCCUAGUUGUCUACCCACAAUGCAUGACGAUCACUGGAUUAGGUUGCACAUAAAACUAUUUAGAACCACAACAUCACAAGAUGAUUAAAUAACUGUACUUCUUCAACCUCAGCAGUCUAUUACACGUUUCAUAGAGCUGUGAACGACUUUAGAAGACGAUAAGCCUAAUCAUUUGUUCUAUUGCGUGAUGCUGGAAAAAACAAACAAUUGGUGCGACCAAAUCAUGGGCUGGUAACACCAACUGAAAAACUUAGUGGCACCAGUGUCACCAGGGAAAAUGUUAGUCUGGAGCCCUGCUACAAGGGGAAUGUCCUCCAUAUGGAAAGGUUUUAAUAUGGUAGUGGACAAAGAAGAGAAGAACAUUGGCGCGACCAAAGCAGGAUAUUGUGAAAUUCGCUAUUCAGGUAGCAUACAAUUUUGGAACUUCAAUUAUUUAUUAUUUUGGUAUGUACAAUCAUUUGUUUUAUUAUUAUUGUUCUAUAUACUUGUUAUUAUUGUAGGCCUAUUUAUUAAUCCAAACCAGUUCUUUGAAUAUGCAAAAGGUGUUUUGUUUCAUUCUGUUGAGACAUUGUCAUUGACUAAAUUAAAUUUGAUCUGUCUUUUUAAUUGUGUGCUCCGUAUGUAGUUUAAGAUACAGUGCAAUCGGAAAGUAUUCAGACCCCUUCACUUUUUCCAGAUUUUGUUAUGUUACAGCCUUAUUCUGGUGGUCCUCUGUAGCUCAGCUGGUAGAGCACGGCGCUUGUAACGCCAAGGUAGUGGGUUCGAUCCCCGGGACCACCCAUACACAAAAAAUGUAUGCACGCAUGACUGUAAGUCGCUUUGGAUAAAAGCGUCUGCUAAAUGGCAUAUUAUUAUUAUUAUUAUUAUUAUUAUAAAAUGGAUUAAAUAAAAUAUGUUUGUCAUCUAUCUACACACAAUACCCCAAAAAGACCUCCCGAGUGGCGCAGUGGUCUAAGGCACUGCAUCGCAGUGCUAGCUGUGCCACUAGAAAUCCUGGUUCGUAGCCGGCCACGACCGGGAGACCCAUGGGGCGGCGCACAAUUGGCCCAGCAUCGUCCAGGGUAGGGGAGGGAAUGGCCGGCAGGGAUGUAGCUCAGUUGGUAGAGCAUGGCGUUUGCAACGCCAGGGUUGUGGGUUCGUUUCCCACCGGAGGCCAGUAUGAAAAAAUGAAAUAAUAAUAAUAAUAAUGUAUGCACUCACUAACUGUAAGUCGCUCUGGAUAAGAGUGUCUGCUAAAUGACUAAAAUGUAAAUGUAAAUGACAAAGUGAAAACAGGUUUUUAGAUUUUUUUGCAAAUGUAUAAAAAAUUAUAAACAGAAAUACCUUAUUUACAUAAGUAUUCAGACCCUUUGCUAUGAGACUCAAAAUUGAGCUUAGGUGCAUCCUGUUUCCAUUGAUCAUCCUUGAGAUGUUUCUACAACUUGAUUGGAGUCCACCUGUGGUAAAUUCAAUUGAUUGGGCAUUCUAUAUAAGGUCCCACAGUUAACAGUGCAUGUCAGAGCAAAAACCAAGCCAUGAGGUCGAAAUAAUUGUCCGUAGAGGUCCGAGACAGGAUUGUGUCGAGGCACAGAUCUGGGAAAGGGUACCAAAAAAUGUCUGCAGCAUUGAAGGUCCGCAAGAACACAGUUGCCUCCAUCAUUCUUAAAUGGAAGAAGUUUGGAACCACCAAGACUCUUCCUAGAGCUGGCCGCCUGGCCAAACUGAGCAAUCAGGGGAGAAGGGCCUUGGUCAGGGAGGUGACCAACAACCCAAUGGUCAAUCUGACAGACCUCUAGAGUUCCUCUGUGGAGAUGGAAGAAACUUCCAGAAGGACAACUAUCUCUGCAGCACUCCACCAAUCAGGCCUUUAUGGUAAAGUGGCCAGACAGAAGCCACUCCUCAGUAAAAGGCACAUGAAAACACACUUGGAGUUUGCCAAAAGGCACCUAAAGGACUCUCAGACCAUGAGAAACAAGAUUCUCUGGAUUGAACUCUAAAGCCUGAAUUCCAAGCGUCACGUCUGGAGGAAACCUGCCACCAUCCCUACGGUGAAGCAUGGUGGUGGCAGCAUCAUGCUGUGGGGAUGUUUUUCAGCGGCAGGGACUAGGAGGCUAGUCAGGAUCGAGGGAAAGAUGAACGGAGCAAAGUACAGAGAGAUCCUUGAUGAAGACCUGCUCUAGAGCGUUCAGGACCUCAGACUGGGAGCGAAUGUUCACCUUCCAACAGGACAACGACCCUAAGCACACAGCCAAGACAAUGAAGGAGUGGCUUUGGGACAAGUCUCUGAAUUUCCUUGAGUGGCCCAGCCAGAGCGCGGACUUGAACCCGAUCGAACAUCUCUGGAGAGACCUGAAAAUAGCUGUGCAGCGACGCUCCCAAUCCAACCUGACAGAGCUUGAGAGGAUCUGUAGGGAAGAAAGGGAGAAACUCCCCAAAUACAGGUGUGCCAAGCUUGUUGCGUCAUACCCAAGAAGACUUGAGGCUGUAAUCGCUGCAAAAGGUGCUUCAACAAAGUACUGAGUAAAGGGUCUGAAUACUUAUGUAAAUGUGAUACUUUUAUAUUUUCAUACAUUUGCAAACAAUUUUAAAAACCAGUUUUUGCUUUGACAUGAUGGGGUAUUGUGUGUAGAUUGAUGAGGGGGAAAAAACAAUUGAAUCAAUUUUAGAAUAAGGCUGUAACGUAACAAAAUGUGGAAAAAGUCAAGGGGUCUGAAUGCUUUCCCAAUGCACUGUAGAUUAUAAGUAGGCCUAUUGUUGAAUAAAUAUCAUUAGCCUAUCAUUAGCUGUAAUUUGGUGGGUACGGUAGGCACUAGCCUUUUUUGGUAAUUGCUGCAAUACAGCCUGUACAAAACUUUUGUGAAGGUUUCUACCAGGUAGCAAGUAUUUUGUUCCAUUCUGUUGUGCCAUUAUCUUUGUUUCAAAUGAAGUUCCAACUGUUUGCCGCAAUGUAAUAUCCUGCUUUUUAUUUUCUUGACUUGACUUUUGAUAUUACCCUACAAAAGUUUAGAAACAUUUGUGAAGGUUUGGUGUGGUUAUUAGACUAUUAUACUACUGGCCUAUGACAUGAAGGCAGUACGCACCGGCGUAGAUCGGUGGUCAGUUUGCUGAUUCAGCUGGCCACAUGACGUAGAUCGGUGGUCAGUUUGCUGAUUCAGCUGGCCACAUGACGUAGAUCGGUGGUCAGUUUGCUGAUUCAGCUGGCCACAUGACGUAGAUCGGUGGUCAGUUUGCUGAUUCAGCUGGCCACAUGACGUAGAUCGGUGGUCAGUUUGCUGAUUCAGCUGGCCACAUGACGUAGAUCGGUGGUCAGUUUGCUGAUUCAGCUGGCCACAUGACGUAGAUCGGUGGUCAGUUUGCUGAUUCAGCUGGACACAUGAAGUAGAUCAGUGGUCAAUUUGCUGAUUCAGCUGGACACAUGAUGUAGAUCAGUGGUCAAUUUGCUGAUUCAGCUGGUAUGAAUGAAAAUGCAACCACUCACGUCUUUUAAACAUGACUUCAAAAAACAUAAGCCUGUGCAACAUUAACCAAUUAAAAACAGUUCUGUAGCAGUGAGGUUUGUGCAGUAGACUAUAGACCCCAAUACAUUAUCACUGCAUAUUGGCUAUGCUUGAAUUGACCUGCCAAUGUUGUUCUUCUCAGGCCAUUUAGAAAUUCUAUAUAUUUUAAAAUAGGUAUAUGAUCACACUGGUAAUAUUACUUGUUGUAUUACUUGUGAGGCAUAGCUGAGUGAGCAUAAUAAUUAGCUUUUUUUUUUUUUUACUGAACUGAUGGCCUUCAUCUGAUGGUCAGUCUGUGGGGAGGGAGGGAGGGAGGGAGGGAGCAGCAGUGAGGCUGCCUCUCACCCAACUCACCGUCCCUCCUCUCUCCCUCCCUCCGCUGAGAAAAGGGGACACAGUCUUCCAGCUGAUGGCGAAACUCAAGUCCCACUGCAUUAUUUCUGCCUCAUGCACCAACUCAUGUUGUUACUGCUAUGACCAGAGAAAGUGAAAUAUUCUGCGAUAUUAAAAAAAAGACACAAGCUGCUAAUAAUAACAACGCAAGCUUCUCGGAACACUUUGCUGUACUCAUUCAUUGCAGCUGCAGUGCUGGUUGUAGGGUGAGUGGAAGUAGGGAGAACGCACAUUUUAUGGCUUAAAGUGUUGAACAAAGUGUUGACAGUGUUUAAUAAUAACUUAACCAUGAACUUACUCGUACCUCUUUGCUGUAUUCGUUGAGUCUCUCUCUAGUCAUGGUUUUAAACGUUUUGACAUUUCACAGUAUCAACUUUGCUGUGCGUUCAAGUCUUCUUUUUACAAUCUAUGGCUCGAGGGAACUGUGCAGACACGGUGAUCUGAGCUAUCUGAUUGGCCAGCGGUAGGCCUGUAGGUGCACUUGAUUUGCUCUCUGGGCCUGCCGGGUAGGCAGAGAUUUACCUUCAGUUCUACCUUCAGCCGAAGGGCUGCUGAAUCAAGUGCACCUACCGCCAACAGCGGUGAUCGACUAGAAAUGCCUUGGUGACCACUGACAUAGAUGAAUGUGGAUGGAUCUUAUUGAAGGCAUGCUGUAUUUCAAUUGGUCUCAAUUAUACUAUUAUCCAGCAUGCAUUGGAGUCUACUGGCAGUGAGUAAUGUUAGGAGUCGUAAAGUUAAUUUGUCUUCAGAAACCAGUUUCUUUAUUCUUUCAUAAAUUUUGUAGUUUUAUGGACCAUAUAACAACAGUACUUGGCUUUCUGCGCUUGGGUAAAGCCCUGCACUGUGUCAAGGGAAAAUGGUAGUUGUUUAUGACUUUAAAUGAGUUUUUCCCCCCUAAAAGAGUGGUAGGAAUUGAGAAGAAAGUCUACAUAGAAGUCUGAAAUAAGAACAUGCUAUGAGGGAGCAUAUUAAGGAUAAUUUCUAUUUCCAACUCAGUUGUUGUCAUGGAGGUUGUUUGUGACAUAGAACGUGCUGAGAGUUUUCAGUCAUGAAUAAUAUUGUCACUGAGUUACUGUCAGUUUUACUACUACAAAAUGUCUUUAUUUUGAGUCACCGGAGGACAAGGGGAUUCAUGGGGUGCAAAACCUCAGAAAGUCAAGAAAUAGGAAUUGUGAAUUUAAUUGGCAGAGUUAUGAGAUGAUUAUGGCGUGAACAAUGUAGCUCAGAUCCAAGAAGUAUUUCAUGGUAUCCAAUCCUAACAUACAUUAAAGAGCAAAUUGACCUGUAUAGCUCUCAUUACACUUGACUUGAUAACACUGGAGGUCAGACAAUGUAUCUUAGCUGUGAACCCAGCUUCAAGAAAUGCCUUGAUGUAGCUUGGAGGCUUUCGGGAAUUAUUUAAUGAUAUCCGCAAAUGGACCACCAUUGUUGCUCUAGUUACUCCCAAUGAUAGACGACCGACCCAUUCUCCUUAGCUCUUAACCCAGCUUUACCACAGACAGGUAGCUGUGAGGUCUAUGGAAACUAUGAGCGGCAUGCUAUGCUACGGUACGAUACGUUACCUGACAAGACGGCGGCAGGUAGCUGUGAGGUCUAUGGAAACUAUGAGCGGCAUGCUAUGCUACGGUACGAUACGUUACCUGACAAGACGGCUGCAGGUAGCUGUGAGGUCUAUGGAAACUAUGAGCGGCAUGCUAUGCUACGGUACGAUACGUUACCUGACAAGACGGCGGCAGGUAGCUUAGUGGUUAAGAGCGUUGUGCCAGUAAUCGAAAGGUCGCUGGUUCCGAGCCGACUAGGUGAAAAAUCUGUCGAUGUGCCCUUGAGCAAGGCACUUAACCCUAAUUGCUCCUGUAAGUCGCUCUGGAUAAGAGCGUCUGCUAAAUGACAAAAAAUAAAAAAAAUAAAAAUGACAAUAGCCCCAUUCUGUCUUGAUAUUGAGAGGGAAGCACUAAACUGAAAAUAUGUUGCCUACAUGUGUGGACAGCUAGCCAGCUAUUUCUGCAUUUAACCAUACACCAUAUAGAGUACAAAUGAAUGGUUAGCAUUUAGCUAAUUAGCAUUGGCACUCUCACCACCACCACAGAUAUUUUAAAUUCUGGUUUGAGGCCAAGUUCGGCGCUAUGUGGGUGUUCUUUGUUUGAAUGUAAAUUACGCUAAACUGAGUGGAAUUAUAGAGCAAUUUGGCCUCUCUUUUUCUCUGUUUAGAAACGAUGAGAAGAGAAAAUGA